AACAUUGCCGAAGAGUGCGGCAGCGCAUGCGCAGUUUGAGCGGGGUUUGGUUUGUGUUUACAGCAGCAGCACUGUUGCUGGCUAAUGUUCAGCGCUGUUAUGUCAAGCCUCUCUGGAAUAAAAAGCUUUUGUGGAAACAGGUAAUUUUGCUCAUUAAACCACCAUUCAUGAGCGCGUCUGGCUUGAUUUAACAGUCAUGGAUGACAAGGCCUCGGUGGGGAAAAUUAGCGUGUCCUCCGACUCUGUGUCCACCCUCAACAGUGAGGACUUUGUCCUGGUGUCCCGCCUGGGGGAUGAGACCCCUUCCACUAAUAAUGGUAGCGAUGAUGAAAAGACAGGACUGAAGGUGAUUUCUGAGGAAGGGGUCAGCUUUAAGAUUGUGGGGAACGGCAGUGAACAGGAGUUACAGCAGGAGCUGGAAGAUGUGCUGAUGGACCCUUCGGUAACUGAACUGGUGGGUGGACCGGACCAACUGGUUGGGGUUGACCAUGGCUAUCCCACUACAGCUGCGCCAUCACGGUCCGGCUCAAUGCCCCCUAAACUUGAGAUAGUGCUGCCCAUUCAGGGAGCUCAGGAGAGCGAACUCAACGAGAGAUCUUACAGGGAUGAGCCCUCUGACUUGAGUCCUGGUACCCCUGUCCCGGACGAGGACAGCGUGGUGUUCAGUAAACUGACGUAUUUGGGCUGUGCGUCAGUGAACGCCCCGCGCAGUGAGGUGGAGGCCCUGCGUAUGGUCAGCAUACUCCGCAGCCAGUGCCAGAUGCCUCUGGACGUCACCCUCUCCGUGCCCGGAGUCUCAGAGGGCACCGUCAGGCUGCUGGACCCUCAGACCAGCACUGAGAUUGCCAACUACCCCAUUUACAAGAUCCUCUUUUGUGUUCGCGGCCAUGACGGCACACCGGAGAGCGACUGCUUCGCCUUCACCGAGAGCCACUACAACUCAGAGAUCUUCCGCAUCCAUGUCUUCCGCUGUGAGAUCCAGGAGGCGGUCAGCCGAAUACUCUACAGCUUUGCCACAGCUUUCCGCCGAUCAGCCAAUAAAGCACCACUCGCAGCCAAGGCUCCGCCCCUUACGCCAGACAGCGAUGUCUUCACCUUCACUGUCAGUCUGGAGAUCAAAGAGGAUGAUGGGAAGGGCACAUUUAGUGCCGUAUCAAAGGACAAGGACAGACAGAGCUUCAAACUGCGGCCAGGCAUGGACAAAAAGAUUGUGAUCUAUGUUCAGCAGACGUCCAACAAAGAGUUGGCCAUCGAGAGGUGUUUUGGUCUGCUCUUGAGCCCCGGGAAGAACGUAAAGAACAGUGAUAUGCACCUGCUUGACCUGGAAUCAAUGGGCAAGAGUUCUGAUGGGAAGUCUUACAUCAUCACAGGGAGCUGGAAUCCCAACACUCCUCAGUUUCAGGCUGUGAAUGAGGAGACGCCUAAAGAUAAGUUCAUGUACAUGACGACUGCGGUGGACCUGGUGAUCACAGAGGUGGAGGAGCCUGUGAGGUUCCUGCUGGAGACGCGGGUUCGAGUGUGCUCACCCAACGAGAGGCUCUUCUGGCCCUUCAGCAAACGCAGUUACACCGAGACCUUCUAUCUCAAACUCAGACAGAUGGAGAACAAGGAGAGGAAGAGUAACUCAGACACGCUGUAUGAAGUGGUGAGUCUAGAGAGUGAGACAGAAAGAGAGAGGAGGAAGACCACAGCGAGCCCCGGCAUCCUGCCGUCUCACGGCUCUAUGGUGCCAUCCCCUCCUGAGGAUGAUGAGGAGGAAGAUAAUGAUGAGCCGUUAUUGAGUGGCUCUGGAGACGUGUCUAAGGAAUGUGGUGAAAAAAUUCUGGAAACUUGGGGAGAUUUACUGUCUAAAUGGCAUCUGAACUUGGCCGUGCGACCCAAACAGCUGCCGGCGCUGGUCCGCAGUGGUGUCCCGGAGGCCUUGAGAGGGGAGGUGUGGCAGCUACUGGCCGGAUGUCAUAACAAUGACCAUCUGGUGGAGGAGUACCGUAUACUUAUCACUAAGGAAUCUCCGCAGGACAGUGCCAUCACUCGUGACAUUAACCGUACAUUCCCUGCACACGACUACUUCAAAGACACAGGCGGUGAUGGGCAGGACUCUCUCUAUAAGAUCUGUAAGGCAUACUCUGUAUAUGAUGAAGAAAUUGGUUACUGUCAAGGACAGUCCUUCCUUGCCGCUGUGCUGCUACUACACAUGCCAGAGGAACAGGCGUUCAGCGUGCUGGUCAAGAUCAUGUUUGAAUACGGUCUCAGGGAGCUCUUCAAGCAGAACUUUGAAGACCUGCACUGCAAGUUCUUCCAACUGGAGAGACUCAUGCAGGAAUGCAUCCCAGAUCUGUAUGCACACUUCCUGAACCUGGGUUUGGAAGCACACAUGUACGCCUCCCAGUGGUUUCUCACACUCUUCACAGCCAAAUUCCCUCUUUACAUGGUCUUUCACAUCAUAGACCUUCUGCUGUGUGAGGGCAUCAGUGUCAUUUUCAAUGUGGCUCUUGCAUUAUUGAAGACGUCUAAAGAUGACCUGAUACAAACGGACUUUGAGGGCGCGCUGAAGUUCUUUCGAGUGCCAGUGCCCAAGCGUUAUCGCUCUGAGGAGAACGCCAAGAAGCUCAUGGAGCUAGCGUGUAGUAUGAAGAUCAGUCAGAAGAAACUAAAGAAGUAUGAGAAGGACUACCACACCAUUCGAGAGCAACAGGAACAGCAGGAGGCGCCCAUCGAGAGAUAUGAGAGAGAAAACCGGCGGCUACAGGAAGCUAACAUGCGUCUGGAACAGGAAAAUGAUGAUUUGGCUCAUGAGCUGGUCAGCAGUAAGAUCGCCCUGAGGAAAGACUUGGACAACGCUGAGGAGAAAGCUGACGCACUCAACAAAGAGCUUCUCAUCACUAAGCAAAAACUGGUGGACUCUGAAGAUGAGAAGAGACGAUUGGAGGAAGAGUCUGCACAGCUGAAGGAGAUGUGUCGGAGAGAACUAGAUAAAUCUGAGUCUGAGAUCAAGAAGAACGGCUCCAUCAUUGGAGAAUACAAACAGAUCUGCUCUCAGCUCAGCGAGCGACUGGAGAAACAGCAGACGGCCAACAGAGGAGAGCUAGAGAAGAUCCGGAUGAAGGUGGAGGGCUGUGAGAAGUGCAGCAUUCUCUUCAGUAAGGAGGGCCGUCUGAAGGCGCUCAGCGCUCCUAAGGAGGGCAGUGAGGAGGACACGGACGAGGAGAAGGAGGCGCUGAAGAACCAGCUCAGAGAGAUGGAGCUGGAGCUCGCGCAGACCAAACUACAGCUGGUGGAGGCCGAGUGCAAGAUCCAGGAUCUGGAGCAUCAUCUGGGUCUGGCUCUAAACGAAGUCCAAGCAGCCAAAAAGACGUGGUUCAACAGGACAUUAAGCUCCAUCAAGACUGUGACAGGAGCUCAAGGCAAAGAGAGCGUCUAACAGGACCAGACUUCCAGAGACCGAACACUCCAGCCCCCAUUAUCUCCCCCGUCCGGCUCUCACCCCGCAGCUGGAACAAUGCGAACAACAUGGGUUUUCUCUCUCCUUUUUUCCUUUUGUAAAAACAAAAACUUUACUUCUAGGGUACCAGCGACCCCAUUUAAAACACAAUUACUUACUGGGAAAAAAAAAAAACUUUAACGCUAGUCUUUCUACUACUGAUGUUAAACAAAGGACUGUGGCGUGUAGAUGACUGAACUGUCUUCUGGGGGAUAUUAACAUUUCUAUCUACUGACCUACUCAAGACUACUUGCACAAACACAGUCCGAGUCAACAUAAGGUACGAGUGCUGCCGGAAAACUAGCGUGACUUUGGUUAUUGUAACAGGAGGGCAGAUGUGUUGAUGGUGUGCAUGUGUACGACUGAGGUCUGCUUUUAUUGUACUGUGUGUGUGUGUGUGUGUGUGUGUGUGUGUUGGCCAAUAUUGUGGUUCUCCAAGGAAGACUAAAACCAGGAAGUAGACAGGUAGCACACUGUACAGUGAACUUUUAAUUUGAUUCCUCCUCAAACCACUAGCUGGCGCCUUUCUGAUAUUAGCAAAAGCAAAUGGUAUUUGAUGGGAUACAGGCAUUGUGAAUAUGCAUAGCCAUAUAUGACCAGAUCUAUGAAUGGCUGCUUGUGUAACAAAGUUUAAAGGCCCUUUACAGUAGCUGUUGAUCAUGACUAACAGGAAGCACUUAUGCAGUGAGCACACGCUAUGAUCGGAAAGCACAUCUGGAGGUAAAAGAACCUGUGUGUGUGUGUGUGUAAGUAACGAACUCUCUGAGGGGAAGGUCUUUGCACCUUACAGACAUAUUUAUAUUGAUAUCAAGCUUGCUAGAGUUAUUGUCAUUGUUAAUGAAGGCCAUUGAGGCCUCUUAAGACAAAUGAGGCCGUUCUAAAAGGCACUGGGUUGUAAAUAAAAAAAAAGCAUAUGAUUUUUUUUCUUUUUUUUUGAUUAAUUUUAUAUUUCAACUAUUUGGUAACUGUACUAAUGUUGCCUAAUUGUACUGUGCUACAGAUUAUUACUCAUGUUUUGCUUUUGUCUUAAAUUUCAAACAAAACUGCUGUCUCAUCAUUACAUGCCAAAUGUACCUUUUACCCAGCAUUACAUGCGUGUGGACAUGGUAAUAGUGUAGGAUGCAUUGUGUAUACUUCCAUGAAUUUCAGUAUAAACCUCUGAACACGUG